AUGAUGGGAAUGUGGGGCCCGCAAAGCGGCCCGAACCCAGGCGGUCUCGGCGGGAACCUGGGAGUCGCGCCGAUGAUGGGAGCGGCGUCGGCCCUCCCAGGGAUGAUACCCUGCGCUGGCUGCGGCGCAGUGCCCGCAGUCCCAGUCCCAGGAGCGAGAAUGUCGCUGCCAGCCAUCAAUGAAGGACAGCGCCACUACAUGGGACAGAUUGUGAUGGGGAUGAAGACCAGCAAUCUGUUCCAGGUGGCGCAAAACCUUGAAGCAGCCGUGAAUUCUCAGGUGCCCAUCCCGCAGGAAUUCCUGGCCACGGUACACCUGUGGAUGAAAUCAAGAGCCCAGAGUGAAAGUGGCCUGUCCCAGAUGCAGCUCGCACAAUUCAUUGGUGCUUCAUCCUUCAACAAUCAGGUGCAGGCCAAUGUGCAGAUGCUUGCGCAGACACCUCCAGCGCCAGCCUCACCACCACCUCCCCCUGCAUCGCCUCCGGCCUCCCCUCCGCUUGCGGCAUCACCACCACUGUCGGCUCCACCGGCUUCAGCCCCUCCUCUCCCAGCAUCUCCAAUGUUCAUCCCCUCGCCACCACUUCCAACGUCUCCAAUGUACGUGGAGUCACCGAUGGGUGGUGACGGCCGCGACCUACGGCGGCCAGCAGAGCCUUCCCAGGGGCCCAAAGCCAGAGACCGCCGCCCAGCGGAGCCCACGAAGCCACCAGGCAGGGAAGUGCGCGACAGUCGCCGACCCGCAGAACCGGAUCUGCCGCCACGGCGACGACAUCCGCUUCCCCCGCCGCCAUCCACCUCGUUCGGCUCGGCCGGCAGCUCGAGCUACCUGGGAGGCAACCUCGCAGAAACGCGAGAUGGCCUGGUCAAGGCCGCCUAUCUGGAUGCAAGCAUCACCCCUUGGCGAUGGCGGUAUCUUCAAUGGGACCCAACGACGCGAGCGCAGCUGGUCAACAACAUGCGUGGCCACAUCACUGAUUUGACGGUGAAGGAAUCCUUGGCUACCUUGGCGGAGGGGCUCGAGCAGACGGACUCGUUGACACGCUUCCAUCCGCUCCGCAAGCUUACGGAAAGCAUGGCAGGUGAAAGCAUUGGGUUUGCGUUGCAGUUUCCCUUCCAAGGUGAGCUGGCGCGCAAUAUGUAUUGCGCAGUCCUUCAGCUGUGCAAUUGCGCUGCGACCCAGCUCUUUGCUGCACAGAUUCGUAUUGACCGCUGCCACAGGUCGAGUCUAGCCAACACCAUCGCGAAGCAUGGUGCAUCUUGCUAA